GGCACUAAGCGAGGUGGCUGCAUGUGGUGGCGCGGACCUAGCGCUGAGGCAGGGAGCAGAGCAGGAGGCAGCAGGCGCUGCUCGCCGUUCUUUCCCGGCUCCUGCACCCCAACUUCGGGCACUUCUCACGUCGCCCUCCCUCUACUGCCCCUCGGUCCCUCUCCCCCGCCAGUACCUGCAGCAUGGACUCGGACUCCGGGGAGCUCAGCGAAGGCGAGGUGGUGUCACCCGCAGGUCCUGAUUGUUUCAGUUCCAAGAAUCUUGCACUGCAAGCCCAAAAAAAGAUCCUGAGUAAAAUGGCAAGCAAAACUAUGGCUAACAUGCUAAUUGACGACACAAGCAGUGAAAUCUUCGACGAGCUGUACAAAGUAACAAAAGAACACACAAGAAACAAAAAGGAAGCCCAUAAAAUUAUGAAAGACCUGAUUAAAGUGGCUAUAAAAAUUGGGAUCCUCUAUCGAAAUAAUCAGUUCAACCAAGAAGAGCUGGAAAUUGUAGACAAGUUCAGGAAGAAGCUGAAUCAAACAGCCAUGACAAUUGUCAGUUUCUACGAGGUAGAAUACACUUUUGACAGAAAUGUUCUGGCAGAACUUCUGAAUGAAUGUAAGGACCUUGUGCACGAACUUGUAGAUCGACAUCUGACACCGCGAUCCCACGGGCGCAUCAACCACGUCUUCAAUCACUUUGCCGAUGUGGAAUUCCUAACUGCCCUGUACAGUCUCGAUGGGGACUGUCGGCCAUACCUUAAAAAGAUCUGUGAUGGGAUCAACAAGCUACUUGAUGAGAAGAUCCUCUGAAACUGCAUUCAAAACCAAGAAACUAACCAAAAACUCUCUAGAACCAGCCAUCCUUCAUGAGCCGUGGUGAGCAAGUGAGCUUCCUUCCCGCCACUCUCUUACCGCAGUCUCCAGCAGGAGCCAGAAAGUGCUCACCAGGCUCAUGAUGAAAUGGAAAACUAAAUCAGAAAGCAAUCCAUUCUAAUAUUUUGUCCAAAUAAUUCAGUCUAAGGAGCUGAGUGAACAAGGCUGCUGAUAUACAUUGUUCAGAAACAGAUUGCUAUACACCGUGACCUUACUAGCUUUGUGAAAAGAGAGACAACUCAAACGCAUGGCUAUGCAAAGACAGACAGAAGGCAACAGAGCAAUGCAUGGAAUCUACCCCCAGGCCCUUGGUGUGUAUGUUUUUGUUAUUUUCAAGCUAACUGAAAAAGCUAAGACAGAAAGCAGGGUUGUAAUGAAUUAAGCUUACUCCUUACAAAAGGAUCAGGAUCAACACAAGAUGGCAUCUCUAAGUUUACAUGGUAUUUACGUCUAAGAAAGGAAUAACAAAUAAUACCAACUAAGUAGAAGUGGGAGGAAAUGUCAAGAACUGCUUUAUGAAGCAAUAUUUCCACUGGAGAGUUUUGGUUUAUGUGUGCUAAUAACAGAGAGAAGGGUUUAAUUUUGAAAAGCAGCUCAGUGGUUCAAGCUCUAGCCAGAAAACCAGACAGGAUAUCAAUUUCCCCACUCAGGGUUUACGCAUUUGGUACCAUUGGAUGAAUUUAGGCUGACAGGUUUGCUGUUCUUUGUGCUCUUACUGCUUUGCUUGACAGAACAAAAUGUUCUUUGUGAAGGUUUUGAAGUUGUACUUGUGAAGACCGCAACUAAGACAGCAAUGGAACAACAAAGUGGCAUUUACAUCCCCUACCCUUGAAGUAUUCAGCCUAGAUAAAACUGUUACUCGUGUCCAUGAUGUUCAUUUGUGCCUACAGUAGAACAGAGGUGUGAGAAAAAGGAACCUCAUCCACUCUGCUUGCAGUGCCAUCCCAGUGUCAUAUAUCCACAGUACUCUUAAGAGAAUAGAUGCAGCUUUAGGAGUGACUUUUUGUUCAGAAUGUUUUCAGUGACUAUUUUUUAACCUUUUUUAAACAAAUACACUGAUGUUUUUGAACUGAAAACAUUCAGCAAAGAAAUACUGGCUUCUGUACAGUUUUGUUGGGAUGAAGGGAGAAAGGGAGCAGAGCAGGUGAACCAGCUUGCCACUUGGAGAAUCCUGCAGCUAGCUGGGUGCUGACCGAACCUAAGUAACAAAAGUAUGUUUGGAAACCACUCUUUGCCCUUUAUGCCUUCCACAUCACAUAUGUUACAACACAGAGAUGCACAUACCCAAAAGAAAAAAUAUAUUUGAAAGCCAUUCCUUUCUAAGGAAAACUUCCAGUGUUGAUCACUUGAGGAUAGGGGAAAAUUAUGUUUCUCAUGUAAACUCUUAGUAGAAAAAAAUGUUCAAAUUGGUAUUAUUCUUCUGUAUUUUAUCUCUGACAACUAUUUUGACUGUGACGUUGCACACACACCUUCAUACAGCUAAUACACACACCCAGAUCAUGUGGGUUGCACUAGGUGGAUUUUUAUCUGCUCCCAGAACUCAUUUUGGAGUGCAGUAAAAACAGCAGCGUAAGACCAUGAGCAGAGCAGUUUGCAAUGAUGUAAAUUUCCCUCACCUAUUUAUUUUAACCAUAAAAGGUGUAUUUAGUGGCAAUGAAGGUGAGCAAUUUCUCUGCAACACAGCACAGUCAUGACAUACCAAUAUCAGGGGUUGCAAGUGCAGCCAUUUUCAGAGCCAUAUCCCUAUGCACCAUUAGCUGCAUUUUUCCCAGGCUUGUACUCAUCAGUUGAUGCAUUGGAACAGUAUUUAUUGUAUCCAACGCUCCUGUCCCCAGUGCACAUGUCAGUUUUGUGUGUUUGUUUCACUUGUAGCAGACAAGCUAAGUUCUCUUCUUAAAGUCAGAAAAAUAGAUUAAACAUACAGGAUAUCCCUUUCCUUUGGACAUCUUGAAUCUGUGACUUUGUCUGUUUCAAGUACCAAUAUUCAGCUUCUGGUAUUUUAGACACACUGAAUCAACAACAUCUGUUGUUUUAUUUAUAAAUCUGAGUAGCCUUAAGGAAAGAGAAUGUUUUCAAGUAUUUCUCAUACUUGCAUAUCCUGUAUAUUCAUUGUUUACUUUUGUAUGUGUAGCUUGGUAUGUAAUAACAUUGCUAAAAUGUGGGCAAUGUUCAGAUUACCUUAAGUAAAUGAUGUGUUAUCAUAUUUGUGGAUUAAAAAUGUGUGAUUACUGCC